AUGGGAUCCUGGCCCACACCUGUAAACAUUCUCUGUUUUCCCGGGUCUCCCCCAUCUGCCCACGAGGAGCGCUCCCGGGGCGGGAUCCGAGAGCAGCCCCGCCCGCCCGGCCGGCGAGGGUGGCGGGGCGGCCGAGCGCGCGCCGCCCCUCCCCUGUCGCGCCCGCCCCGGCGCCCCGAUGGGUUUUUCCAUGACUGCAUCCGGCCGCGGGCCGUCUUUGUUCCCGCCAUCCGCGGCCGUGCCUGCGAGCUGGCCCGCCUCUCCCCUGCGCGCCGGGGUUUUUCCAGGGCUCAAAUGGAGCAUGGAGGAGCCGCCUCCCCGCCCCCGGCCGAGCAGCGGCCCCGCGGGACCCUGCGAUCCAAGACGCACCGCAUCGUCCGUUCCGUCCCCGCCGCCAAGGCUCGCGGCCCCUGA